AUGUCGUCGUCAAAUGCUGGCCAGAGUAACGUACCUCCUAGUGAUCCUUCCGCUAAUAGAGGAAUAACUUUACAGAAACAACUAAUGGAAUUGAGUGCAAGAUUCAAAUCAUUGGUUCAAGAAGCCAAGAAAGUGGGUGAAACCACUCCUGAAGGUAAAGAAUUAAUCAUGCAAGCAUCGAAAUUGAAAGCUCUCUAUGACAAUUACAAUAAACAAAAACAGGAAGCCAUGGCUCAAGCUCAGGCAAGAAAUAAUAAUGCCAAUACUGCUAAUGUUAAUUCAUCUAGUAGCGCUAAUAGUACUGAAGCAAAUACAUCUGGGAGAAGCGGUAGUAGUGCACAAUUCGCAACUCUUAUCAGACAAGCACUUACACCUGAACAGAAUCAGCAAUACGAUAAACUGGUACAAAAUUUCCAAACUCGUGCAAAUAAUAUCAAAGAUAAACAUACUUUCUUGAAACAAAAUAUUGAUAGGUUAGUUCAAGAAAUAGAAAAACAAACUGAUGCAGCUGCCAAGAAACAGUUGGAUGAAAAGAGAAUAGAAUUAAUGACAAAUUUAAAAGCAAUUAGUGUAGAAUACACUAAUUUACAACAACAAUAUAAUAAUGGUAAAAAAGCGUUUUAUAUUGAAUGUGCAAAAAAAAAUCCAGAUUUACAAAGAUUACUACAAAAAUCAACACAAAGAGUUCAACAGCAAGCGGCUUCACCCAAUGCUCAACAGCAACCACCCGUUAAGACAGAAGCGCAACCACAACCACAACCACAACAACAGGCAACACCAUCUCAAAGUUCCUCGAACGCUAAUUUAGCAGCCAGUAAACCUCGCUCUCAAUCUCAAAUUACUAAUGUUAAUGCUGCAGCAUCAAACUCAUCAUCAUCUAAUAAAUCUGUGAUUUUUAAACAGUCAGACCCUGCGGUACCAAUAUCUGAAAGUAUAAGUUCAAAGACUCCUAUUCCUGUUCCAUACAGAGUCAAUAGACCCACCAUUUCUGGGGGUUCAGCAAUGAAUGCCGCUGCGCUGAAUACCCCUAUAAUGACUAAAUUACCUCCAUAUGAAUUAGAUACUGAAAGAGUAAUGUCCAAAAGAAAACUGAGAGAAUUGGUUAAAACUAUUGGGAUUGAUGAAGGUGAUGGUGAAACUGUAAUUGAUGGAGAUGUUGAAGAAUUAUUGCUAGACUUGGCCGAUGAUUUCGUCACAAAUGUAACAUCAUUUGCGUGCAAAUUAGCUAAACACAGAAAGUCAGAUAAUUUGGAAACAAAGGAUAUACAGUUACAUCUUGAAAGAAAUUGGAAUAUCAGAAUACCGGGGUAUUCUGCUGACGAAAUUAGAAGUACUAGGAAAUGGAAUCCAACACAAUCUUACAAUCAAAAAUUACAAAGCAUUAACAUUGAUAAAAAUGGUACGAAUAUAAAGGGUACUGGCACAUCUGGUACAGGUAAAAAUGCAUCAAAGUAG